ACAAAAAUGGUUGGUACUCAAGCUUGAGCAAGAAUCAUUUUUUGCUUUCAUAUAUAUCCCGUGCUCCAAUAGCAAAAGCUUCUCACUGACCUGCCUUAUCCUGCUACUGUUACUGAUCAAGUCUCUUCCUCAAUAUAUCACUCUCUCUCUCCUUUAUGCUGAGAUUUUUUUAUGUGAAAAAAGAUGAACUGUACUUCUGUUGAUGUCUUCUUGAGCAUUUGGAUGGUUAUUUAGAGUCUUGAGCUUCACUGGGAGGUGGGUUUUGGAUUGCAGUACUUUCACAGCACGAACAAGGAUGACCCAGCUGUGUCAAGGCAGGUAAAACAGAUUUUGAAUGUUUGUUUUGGAUUUCAUUGGUUUAGCAGGCCAAGAGCAUUCAUUUCAUGGAAAGUGUGAAGUCUCCCUCUUCUGUUUCUGUAAAGCAAGAAGCUUCCCACAAUGAUGAACUCUUCAUGCAGAAGAGGUUAUUCUUUUCUGAUAGCCUCAAGGAAUUGAAGGAUCUGAGGAAACAGUUGUACUCAGCAGCAGAGCAUUUUGAAGCAGCUUACAGCAAAGAAGAUCAAGAUCACACUGUACUGGUGGAGACCUUGAAAGAUUAUGCCAUUAAAGCUUUCGUCAAUACUGUGGACCACUUGGGUUCUGUGGCAUAUAAGGUUAAUGGAUUUUUGGAUGAAAAGAUCUGUGAACUAUCUAGAACUGAGCUUAGGUUCUCUUGCAUUGAACAGAGACUCCGAACAUGCCAAUACUUCACUGAUUGCGGGGGCCUUUUUCAACAAUCAUUGGCUGUAAAAUUUCCCAGGCAUCAUAAGCGGUACAUCUUUCCAGCUGGGACAACCACGGAUGCUGUUGGCCACUCUCAACCGAUACAUAAGAAGGCUAAAGAGGACUUCUGUCAGUUUGGAAGUGGCAAAGCUGUUCACGCAACAACUAGUGAGACCCCUCCAACAAUAGUCAGAAAAAGGCACCCUGCUCUAUGGUCUCCACAAUCUUCCUCAAGACCUGGAACUUUUCAGUUUACAAAAGUUGCAUCCCGCAGAGCACCAGAGAACCGAUCAGUCUCACCAUGUCGCUUUCCUUUCAUACGGUCUGGAUCUCUUGUUAGGAGAUCAACUGCUACGAACUAUUCUACCGCCAAUAAACGGUACCCAUCAGAGCCCCGGAGGUCAGUUUCAUUGCCUAUUCAUGCUGAAAGAGACAGGUCAAAAGGUAUUUUACAAAAUUCUGGCAAAAGCAAAGGGCUGUUGAAGGCCUUGCUUAGCAUGCACAAGUCCAAAAGAGAAGGCAUAUUAUACAAAUAGUUGGAUGAGAAUUGAAAGGAAGAACAGAAAGCAGCAUGCUAGGAAGCAGAAUGACCAACGCCAUUGAUGGUUCCUCCAUAUGCCUUUCUUACCUGACAAUACGAUUUUGCCACCAGUGCUUCCUUUCAUUUGUAAUUUGUACAAAGCAUCUCCCUCCUGUUCAAGUCUCACAUUGAACAAAUCUGAUUUGAAUGUUUUGGGGAACUGCAUAUGUAAACUAUACAUAGUUCACGGAAAUUAUAUUGCACAAAUAGGGCACUUUAAUA